UCCGCCAUGUCGGUGAGUCAGAUCCUGUUGUGUGUCUACAUCGUCACUUUCAUCCUUGGCUUUCCCGCCAACAUCCUGGCAUUCUGCACCUUCUGUGUGAAGGUGCGCCGCAAGCCGGCCCCCAUGGAUAUCCUCCUGCUCAACCUUACCAUUUGCGACCUCAUCUUCCUCAUCUUCCUCCCCUUCAAGAUGAAGGAGGCGGCGGACGGCAUGGAGUGGUACAUGGACUACAUCCUGUGUCCCGUCGCCAGCUUCUUCUUCUUCUCCUGCAUCUACACCAGCACCUUCAUCCUUACGGCGGUGGCUGUGGACCGCUACCUGGCCGUGGCCUUCCCCAUCAAGUACAACGUGUGGCGCCGGCCGCGCUACGCCAUCAUUGUAAGCGUUUGCUUCUGGCUGGUGUCCGCAGCCAACCUCAGCAUCACAUACAUAGUCCCCCUCAUGCAGCUAUCGGACAACGACACCGCCACCGGCAGCAGCGUCGCGCCACCAGAAAGCUCGAAGCCCAGGAAGUGCUACGACAACUUCGAGAACGGCCAGCUGACCAUCAUCACCAGCGUGCGGCUGGAGCUCUUCCUGGUCCUCUUCCUGGCGCCCUUUCUCAUCUGCUGCUUCUGCUACAUCAACUUCAUCCGCAUCCUGUCGCAGCUGCCCAGCAUCUCGCGCCAGCGCCGUCUACGGGCCGUGGGGCUGGGCGUCGUCACGCUGCUGGUCUUCACCGUCUGCUUCGGCCCGUACAACAUCUCGCACGUGGUCGGCUACUUCCACCACCGCAGCGAGGAUUGGCGCCACCUGGCGCUCAUUUCCACCACGCUCAACGCCUGCCUGGACCCCUUCAUCUUCUACUUCUCCUCGGCCGUGGUGCGCAAGGCUAUCAGCUGCACCCUGCGUGGCGUCAGGGACAAGCUGCACCUGCUGCGUUGCUGCAUUGCAGGGCGGGUGGCGAGCUGCUGCUGCUGCCGCUAUCCACGGCGGCCUCCUGUGGUGGUGCCCCCUACUGGACUGGCUGUGGAGAAGCAGGUUGAGAUUGCGAUAGAAAUGGAGCUUGAUGAAGUCGAUGUGAGCAAGGAGAUUAAGCCUGAGGUUGACUUGGAGACUAAACCUGACGAACACGAAGAGGCUAAACCUGAUGUACUCAAGGACACUAGACCCGAGAUAGACAUAGAGAUAGAAGAGACUUGCCCUGGAAUGGACACAAAGACAGAAUCUGACAUGAACAUUGAGGUGAAGAACACUAAAUCUGACAUGCGCAAGGAAAUUAAGCUGGAUAUAAUCAAGGAGACUAAAGCUGAUAUAGACAUGGAGACUAGCCCUGACAUGCGUAACGAGACUGAGCCUGAUGUACUCAAGGAGACUAGACUUGAUGUAGACAAAGAGACUAGCCCUGGCCUGGCCAUGAAGAAUAAAUCUCACAUGGACAAUGAGACUGCUGAUAUAGACCUGGAGGCUAGACCUGAUGUACUCAAGGAGACUAAAUCUGAAAUGCACAAAGGAUGUAGUAGUCCCACCAGCCACUUGGAAAGACUUUGA